AUGGCCUUGGUGCCCGUGAUCUUCGUCAACUUCGCCCACCUGCAGGUCAUUGUUCUGGCCGGCAUGUUCGUUUUCUUCGGCCUGCUCUCUUGCUCUCUCAAGCCGUGGCGCGGGCGAACCCCCAAUCUCAUGGAGGCUUUGUUGAUGGGUAACUUCAUCCUCGCCCUCAUGGUCGCCGGGAUCCUUGUGGAUGUCGACGUCGACGAUGUCACGAAAGAUCUGCAGGUCAUCCUCUUGGUCGUCGUGAUUGGCAUGUCCUUCCCCUUGAGCAUCUUCGUGGGUCAGCUGGUCUACAGAAGCACGCUGGCCACCGCGAAGACUUACGGAAUAUUCCUGUCCCACCACAAGCUUGGGAUGGCGGCAGGGGCGCGCCUGGCCAAGAUGGAACUGUCCCGGCGCACUGGCAAACGGGUCUUCUUGGACUCCGACGAGCUCGACGACCUGGACUCCGUCCUGGACACGGUGCGCAACGGGACGGAGUGCUUGGUCGUGAUGCUCACCACCGAGACACUCUGGCGGCCCUGGUGUGCGGGCGAGAUCGCCGUCGCGCACACCAACUCCACGCCCAUCAUCUGCCUCUCCUCGGACGGCUACCUGGAGCCUUCCGAUCAGGACCUCACGCUCAAGAGCCUGAGCGAGCGCUGGAGCGUCGAGCAGUUCGCGCCGAUGGCCCUGGAGGGCGUCACCUUCGAGACGGUCCGCGAGGCGUACCUGUCCCUGCGCAAGCAGAGCAAGAUCGCGUGGAAGCGCGCGGGAUCGUCGGUCAGUCCACAGAUCGACCUCGACAACAUGGUGCAGGAGACAAUUACGAGGUUCCUCCACGCCGGCAGGAAGGAAACGUCCGGCAGCAGGCCAUCCCUCGUCGGGGACCCCGUCAUGGCCGAGGUGGUGGUGGUCGCGAACGGUGACGACGGCGAGGCGGUGUCCUCUGCGCAGGUGCUCGCCAUCAUGAUCCAUGGUGCGGCGCAUCUCGGGAGGAUCGUCGAAGACAUCGCAGCAGUCGCCACGUCCAAGUCAGUCAGAGGCAUCGGGUGA